CCCAUUUCCCAUCCUCAUCCUUGCAGGAACAAAUCGUCGGAGCGCCCUCUUCCCACACGCCGGUAACCAGCUGAUUCGUCGCCCAAAUCGUCUGCUGAGAGACGUGUUACAGCCGCCGCGUAGCUCAUCAUCAAGGCAUCGACUGACUUGUCUGUCCGCCCCAGUUGUUCGGUGCCGGAUCUGAUGGAGCACCGGCAGCCAGUCACCAUGCCCGGCCAUGGAGUCGAGACCGUCCUCGACGACCUUCCCGAGUCGAUCAUCGUCGACGAGAUCCUCGUCCGUUUGCCGGCCAGGGACAUCAUGCGCUGCCGCUGCGUCCGCAAGGGGUGGCGCAGUGCCACCUCCGCCGACAAGUUCAUGCUGGACCACCACCGCCGCCAGCCCUUGCUCCCGGUGCUCGGUCACGCCGUGGAGCCGCAGACGGCGACCCGCCUCUUGCUUUCCAUUGACGCCGGUGCAGGCCAGCAACAGCUCUGCCCCGUGGUCCGGAUCCGGACAUACAGCGGUAGACUCCUGGCUGCCCUUGAUGGGCUCAUCAUCGUCUCCCAUAGAUCCGUCAGUGUGCGAACUUCUUCGUCUCAUCCGGUAAGCUUGUUCAUCUGCAACCCGGUCACCCGUGAGUGUGCUCCCCUAGUGACGCCUCCAAGCCAGCAUGGAUUUAUGCACCACAUCGCAGGCUUGUAUCGGCACCAACCAUCCGGGGAAUACCGGGUGCUUUGGGUCUCUACUCCGAGGUACUUUGACAGAGCAGACGCAGCUUACACGACAUUUUACUACGUCGUAGCAGUGGGAUCCAGUGACAUAAGAUGCAUCGCAGAAGGUAGCAUCGCACAGACAACACCCAUGGAAACGGUGCUGUGUAAGGGCCUGCCGGAUUCGUCGGGUUGUCCACCAGUGCACCACCGUGGUAGCCUGCACUGGGGACUUCCCGGCCGUGCAAUAAUGGUGUUCAACACAGCAGCCGAAACAUUCCGGUUGAUGGGUCGUCCAGUCCAGCUGCGCUUCCACCAGUUGUUGGAGAUGGAUGGCACUCUUGCUUUGUGCAGCGUCAGCCCUGAACAAAUGACCGUAGAUGUUUGGGUGGUACAAGACUAUGGUGCCGAAACAACGGAAACCUGGUCUUUCAAGCAUCAGAUUAAUUUGUCUGGUGUUGACGAUCCAAUACCACGUUCAUGGGUGAUGCGGUUCCCUAGGAUGGUUGUGCUCAAUAACGGUGAGCUGCUAAUCCAGUUCAUUCGUGGUUGUGGGCCUGUGUUGCAUUGUGACAUCGAUGGCAAGUUCUUAGGAUAUGUGAAAAGCAAGGAUGGCCAAGUAAUCGGCUUGUGGAUUACCAAGCAUUACCUCCAGGAGAGCCUUACUCCCCUUCCACUAUUCCAUGAGAUGAGAGAAGAAGAUAGUGCAACCCAGGGGCCUCCACUUUUUGUAGGGCUAUAAGAUGCAGUGCUUGAUCUGGAUUUCUGCACUACCAUUGGAGUAUGUAAAUUAUGUAUGAGUCUUGUCUUUUAUUCGUCUUAGGGCUGCUAGUAGAAUUGAACAUUCUGGAUGGUAGAAGAGCAACACUGCUACCAUCAUUUGUUGUCUAUUAUUUUUCCUUCAGCACCAAGUUCCGAACUAUGGAGAAUCUUUGCUAUA